AUGAAAUUCGGAAUCCUAAUCUUCUGUCUGAUUUCAUUAUUGGUCACUAAUGUUAAUGCAAACUUUUGCGGGAUACCGGAUUUCAGUGAACAAUCUAUACCAAAUACGUGUGAAGAAUUAUUCGUAUGUGACAAAUGUAACGAAUGUCAAUCGCAACUUUGGGCUUCUUUGGGAGGUUCAUCAUCAUGCGGUUUUACUAUUAACCUGAUCAAGAAAGUUGUAGAAAAAUACCUUAAAGGUAUCAAAUCUGGGGAGAUGACCAAGAUUGACCGUUUUGACAUGACUCCUUAUGAUGAAUCUGUAAGGGAACUUUGUGACGAGGAAUUCACAUGCACUUAUGAAGAAGCCGAACCAGUAUGGAAGGAGGUUAAAACAAAAUGUGCUACCGAAUUAUCAACCCUCGUUGACUGGACUCAAAAUCCGUCGACUAUUGACAAAACCGUUGCUUAUGCUUAUGGAGUUGUUUUGAUCUAUUAUUUUGGUAUACCCGAUCAUGAUUUCUUAUGUCAUAAAAGCUCAAGUGGCGAAUUUUGCGGUAUUGAAUCCGCAAAGUCUGUUCUUGAUUGGCUCAAAGAGACGGUUCCUGAUGGAGAUUUCGUAUUUUCCUAUGAUUAUACAGUCGUUUAUAAGAGUGAUGGUACAAGUAUUGAAGUCCCUCAAAAAUUCAAAUGCUUGGAAUGUAGUAAGAUCGCGUUUGAAAUUUAUAGUGCUUGGCCAGAACAACACCCAUGGGAUGAUGAAUUAGUAAAGAAUCUCUUUGGAUCAUGGGAAGAUUUCAAAAAUCAAAAUUCUUGCCCUAAUCCUGAGUAUACUGCUAAAAUGAAGAUUAAGCGUUCUCCUAAUAGGUUAUCAAAUCGCUCAUCCGGAAAUUCUGGUUUCUCACCUUUUAUGACUGCAGAUCGAUUUAGGAUUUAA